AAUGCGUUUCUCCGCAGUGACGCGUAUGCCUUCAUCUGGCAUUCCUCGUCAGUGAGAAACGCAUUCCGCUCUCUUCUUUGUCAAUUUUUUUUUUCUCUCCAUUCAAAAAAAAAAAAAUUAAUUUUUUUAAGUGCAAAAAAAAUUGUGAAAAUAAAAAAAAAAUUUAAACUAUUUUUUUUCUCAGAAAAAAAUAGAAAAAUAGAUGUUUUUUUUUGUUUUUGAAAAAAAUAAUUUUUGAGAUAAAUAACGUUGAAUGUAUACAUUGAAGCCAUGUUCGACACGGAAAGAUUCAUCAGCGAAAUUGAAAAACGUCCUGCAAUUUAUAAUACUAAUUGCGAUGAGUACAACGACAGAACGGCAAAAUUGGCAGCAUGGGACGAGGUUUGUCAAGUGAUGAUACGUAACUGGCCAACUCUCUCAGACGAGGAACGCAUUGUCGAAGAAAAGAAUCUAAGGGGAAAGUGGCGAAAUAUACGAGAUUAUUUCAUGAAAGAACUGAAGGUGCAAAAUUUAAAAAAUCUCGCCGGCUCUGCAGGCAGGAAACGGAAGCGCUAUACAUAUUUUGAUCAGCUUCAAUUUUUAAUGCCCUCGAUCGAGAACAAGCAGAGGUACUCUUAUCAAGUACCUCAACUAUCAAAUAAAAGAGAGAACAAUUAUGUAAAUCAUUGUAAAACAGAGGAGAGUGAGGGGGAGGCCGAUAAUCCUGUAUUUGAUGAUUACGAAAUCUCGGGAAAUGAAGCUGGCACGUCAAAGGAUUACGUUCAAGCUGUCAACUCGUCAGGAAACUAUAGAAUGUUGCCAACAGUUCGAUAUUCGAAGCCAAUGUGCGAAACUUCCAUAGCUCCUUUUGAUAACGAGUUUCAAGACAUGAUAUCGAACAAUGGACAACGUUCGAUGAUUGAGGAAGAGGAUUAUGAUAAGAUGUUUCUACUCUCGUUACUUCCCAUUCUUCGACAAAUCCCGGAAAAUAAGAAAUUGGAUGUGAGAAUACAAAUGCAACAGAUUUUAGCCGCAGUUCUUUAUCCCUCCGACAGUAAAUAAAUUCGAAAUUUACUUUUUUUUUCUUUUUGCUCAAUAUUAAUUGUUCAUUUUUGCUCUAAAGCAAUUUUUGUUUCUUCAGUAUAUAUUGUUUCGUAUUUGUUUUUCGUAAAAAAAAACCUUUUUUCAUUUCUCCAUCAAAAACGAUAUUUUACGAAAAGAAAAAUUUUGUUUUCAAAAAAAAAAAGCCGAUACGUUUUUUUCAAGGACGAUUUUCUUUUUUUUUUUUUGCUUUCAACUCCAAUCGAUGCGCUCGAUUGGAGUUGUCCUUGAACGAAAAAAUUGAAAAACAUUCGGAAAAAAUUAUAUUUUUUCAAAAACUUCUCCCUCCAAUCGAUGCAUUCGAUUAGAUUUGAUUGGACUUAAGAAAAACAGACAAAAAAAUCGGAGAAAAUAUUGAAAUUCUUUAAAAAAUUUUUUCAUUUAAAUUCCUCCAAUCGAUAUGCACUCGAUCGGAUGUUGUUUCUAAUAAGCCAAACAAAGACUUCCCAUUUAUAUAAAAAUUGAUUUUUCAUUAUUGAAAUCCUUAUAUUAUGGAAAUUUUACAUUUUUGACGCGAGAUUAUUUUUUUCAAUUCAAUUUAUUAAUAAGAAUAAGAAUAAUAAUAGUUUAAUAAACUCAAAUAUAUUGAAAGUCAAUUUUUUAGCCAAGGGAUUUAUUUUGUGAUAUAAAUGUUAAAAAUAAAAAUAUUCCGACUCUCAUAAAGUGUGAUGAGAAAAAAAUGUUAAAGCCUAACAAAUGAUUUUACUAUCAAACGAUGAGAAUUUUGUUAAACAUAUAAAAAAAAUAUAUAUAUAUAUUGAUAUAUUCGAAUUUUUGUAUAAAAAAGAAAUCGUUAUGUAUAAGAAAAUUAAAAAUUUAAUAUCACAUAUUCUGUAAUUGGAAAAAAAUACUAAAAAAAAGAAAGAAACGACAAAAUGUAAAUUGUGAACAUAUUUGUAAUCUACAUAAUUACCGUAUACCUCAUACUUUGUAUAAAUAAUGAAUAUUAAAGUUAUUUAUUUUUUCACCAAA